AUGACGUCAUAUGUACAACAAGAAAAACCGCAAUAUAUACAGAAAAGAAGAAUAACCACGUCACGUACAUUUGUCAAUGGAGAAAUGACAGCAAUGAAUCAUCUAAAGAAAAGAAAAUCAAUUGCUGAAACAAAUUACCAGGUACUUGACACAAAUGAUAUUGAUUCAAAUAAGAAUACAAAUCAACAACAACAAUAUCAAGAUGACCAUCAAUCAAAAUUGUCAAUCUGUAGUCAUGCUCCACAUUAUGCCGUUGAACAACAUUUACCACCUAUAAAUAUAAAAUGGGAACCAAAAAUACAUGAUAAAAAAAUUGCUACUAAUCUUAUAGAAGAAUUAUUCACUAUGAUUAAAAAAAGCUUUCGGAAACAAAAUACUAAAUAUACAAAGCCUCUCGGCUGUGAUUACUGGUUUAUUGAUCGAGAUAGUAACAUGCAAUGUUAUACUCGCGAAAUCGAAUUAUUCGUUUUCCCGUGUGGUCUCCAAAAUGACCCCAGCCAAUUGUCAAACACAACAAUCAAUCCGAACCUUUCAAAACGACUACCUCCACAACGAUCAAUAAUUCUCAAAUAUUUACUAGGUGAUAUCAAUAUUGAUGACAUUAAACUUGGAAUAUCAUCGAAAUACCAAUCAAUAUUCAACGUAGAAGAAAUGCGAGGAACCAUAGGAGAAAGAAGUCGAUGCGUACACAUUGAUUUAACUGCUCAUGAUGAGUACAUGCGUAUUUUAUAUGCGGAAGUAAUGACAAUCGGUGAUUUACUACUUGAAGUAUCUGAAUUCCUAGCGCCGCCUCGAUGGGUGGGUGUGGGUGUGGGUGUGGAUGGAUGA